AUGAUUGGUAUAAAUAAUAUAAAUCUUAGUUCAGUUGGAAAGACAUCGUUGGUUGUCUCAAUGUUUAGAACAUUGAUUUCCAACAAACAUGUUAAAAACAUUUUAUUAAAGGUUGAAGAUGGAGCAGAACCUAAUAGUUCGAAUCUAGAGCAAAUUCAAUCGUAUUUACCUUUUUAUACUUUAAAUCCAUAUAUUUCCGAUAUACCAAAUGAAAUUACUAUAUUUGAUCCUAAAGAGUGUCAAGCAAUUUUGUGGGAGUCACUAGAUUUAGUUUAUUUUUUGGCACCAGAUUUAUUUAAAUCUAAAAAUUUUGUUAAUUUACUUCAAAAGCAUUGGUCAGAGUAUGAUCGUAGUAAAACUAAUGUUGAUGAAGUUCGACAGUAUAUCAAGAAUUGUCCUCCUCUGAAAGCAUGGUCAUUGGUUGCAAUCGAGAACAUAUCGGCAAGAAUAGCUCUUAGAACCAUGUUGAUUGAUGACCUGAUCCAGAGUUCGAUUGUCGGUCAAUUCAAACAAGUUGUAAUUCUAGGUUCUGGUUUGGAUAGUAGACUGCUUCGAAUGCCACUUGGACCAGAUGUGGUUGGAUAUGAAGUCGACUUACCCGAGAUUAUAGAGUUAAAAAAGAAACUACUACCUUUAAUAACCAAAGAAUGUCCUCCAACUUCCAAAUCUACAAAUCAUUAUAUAGGAGCAGAUCUUAAAGGUGACAGUUGGAUUGAGCUGUUAAAAUCAGCUGGAUCUUCAGAUUUCGACUCGACAAAGCCAACUCUUUGGAUAAUGGAAGGACUUCUUAUGUAUCUAUCUGAGGAUGAAACGAACAAUCUCAUAUCAAAUUGUAGCCAUCUAUCAUCUAGUGGUUCAACAAUGGUCAUUCAGAUCAUUGGUCAUGUUGACGGCGAAAAAGAUCCACAAUUUAGGAAACUAGUAAAAACUCUUCUUCAUGAGGAUGUCAGAUUUGAUUUCAAGAAAGCAGCUGGUUCAUAUUUAAAAGACAAUUCUUUCAUCUCGAAUGUUCAAGUCUACAAUGACAAUGAUAUAUUUUUCAAGUAUACUGGCUUGAACGAUCCGAAGUUGGAUGAUGGAUGGUCACAGUUUGCAAUUGGUUAUAAACCAUGA